AUGGAUGAGGAUGCACUCGACCGCGACAAGCAGAUUUCUCCUGCCUUCUUGACCGAAUUGACAAAUCAAUUCUUCAAGCAGCGGGCCAAUGGUCGGCCCUACGAGCACGAUCCCGAGAAAGGUUUCACCAUGGACAUUAUGAUGAUGAUGGACAUGGAAAAAGUGAGCACACUGCGUACCGAGUUCGAGCGCAAGGAUCAAGGCUUGUCCAUUGCCGAGUUCGUCUACGUCAUGAUGCGCUUUGUGCAGAGCAGCGCUCACACCGAUGAGAACUCUCGGCUCCACGAUCUGUCCGAGUCGCAGCUCGUCGCGAAUCUGUGCGAACUGUUUGCACAGAUUGAUAUCAACGGUGACGGCUCGAUGGAGUGGGAAGAAUUCACGUCUUUUAUUGUGGAUACGGGGCUGACAGUCAAGAACCACCAGCCAAACUCCAUCCAGCAAUACCACCACGUGCAAUGGGAAGACGCUUCAAAGCACAGCACGUUCAUCGACCAUAUUUAUUACUUCCCGUCCAACGAUCUUAUGGCGCUUGUCGAAAGUUGCAGUCCAUAUCUCAAGAUCUACAACGUCAACUGCGAGCUCAUGCGUACAAUCAAGUCCCCCGAAGGGUUUGUACAGUGUGCCGAGCAUUUGCCUAAGCUCAAUCAAUACAUCGUGGCGUCUUCCGACCUGCAGUUCCGCUUCUAUGACGACACCACAUUGAGGCUCAUGAAAAGCUGCCAUACUCCGGCCUCACAGAACUGCCUCAAAUGGUAUCCAGAGUCCUCCGUGCUCUUUUCAGCCGGGGUAAGCGGCAUCGUCUACGCGUGGGACGCUGAGAGAAUGGAAGAAAAACAUCACAUGAGUGGCGAGGUGCACGGGCGGGUAUUAGCUCGAUCCCACGAUGAUAUUGUGCUUGAUCUCCUCACGUUGCCCACACUCGAGUCUUUAGCCUCCGCUAGUAUGGAUCGAACGAUUCGUUUAUGGGACGUACACACAGGGAAGCACAAACAGCAGCUUGAUGGACACGCCAAGGGUGUGCGAUCGCUUGCCUAUUCACCUGAGUAUCGCUUCCUUGUGUCUGCGGGGUUUGAUUUCGACGCUCUGGUGUGGAAUCCCUACGUUGAUCAACUUAUUCUUCGGUUGCAUGGUCACAAUAAUAGUCUGUGUGGGGUGGAAAUCAUUCCCGACCCCCCCCAGAUCAUCACGGCCGAUGUAGACGGAGUCUUCAAGGUCUGGGAUAUUCGUAACUUUGCCUGCAUGCAGACGUUCACAGCCGAGAAUAUGGGCGACCUGAUCAAGUUCGACUACGAGAAGCUGGAAAAUCCCGAACUGACCGACGAUCACCCCGUGUUCAGUGCGCUGUACAAUCCAACGUCUCUCUCGUUCAUCACGGCUGCAGGAAGGGAUGUCAAAAUCUGGGAUGCGCGUCUUGGUAAGCUCAUUCGAGUGUACAGAGAUUUGAGUUCUUCGGACCUGACGACGCUCUGCUUGGACUUUCGAGAGCGCAAAUUUAUCAUCGGCGACCACGGGGGCAACAUCCACGUAUUCGACUACCUGAACGGCUCACACAUGAAGUCAUUUGCAUACCCAGACUUUGGCAAUCGAGCCCACACUGCUGAGGUCACUAAGUUGUGUUAUUGCGCGGAGCACAUGGCCGUCAUCAGUGUGUCGUGGGACUGUUCCAUCAAUAUCCACGACGAACGAGACUCGGAACGCGGCGUACUGCUUCGGAGGCUUGUCGGCGGACACUCGACAGAUAUCACAGCACUCAGCUUUUCGUACCACCUGUCCCUCUUAGCGUCCGGGUCAUCGGACUGCUCUCUGCAAGUCUGGGACUAUGAAUUCGGACGUCUGGACACCACAUGUAUCGGUCAUGUGAGUGGCUUGCUCUGUCUGCAUUUCCUCGACCCGUUUCCGCUGCUUCUAUCCAGUGACAGCACGGGCAACGUCUGCUUCUGGGCCAUGCCACAACCACCUGGGAACUGCGGCCGUAAACUGCAUCGCCACGCACUCUACGCGUCGUAA